AAGCAACCUGGUAUGGUAGCCUGGAUCCAAAUCCCCACGUGGCAAUGGCACAACAUUCAGGUACGGUACUAGUACAGGUAUGAGAAGGCACCGUAUCGGCCUCAAAUAGUAUUCAUCAAAGUAGUGCCUAGCUAGCUAUCAGUAGUAGCCAGCAAGCUGUGGUCGAUGCCGUAGUAGUUCCGAAAUGAUCAAGCUUGCAUACAUCUUCCUACUAGUGUUGACUGUGUCCGGCCCUUCUUGCCGCGCACUGAGUUCCUCCUCUGUUGUUGAUAGCAGCAAAAGUUUGGAUGCGGAUGCUCCUGCAGGUCGUGCCACCAUUGCCGUUUGCACUGGCCCCGAUUGCCGUGUGGAUGGUUCCUCUGGCUGUUUAAAGGCGUUUCAAGGUGGCAUCGGAACAGAUAAAUCAAGAAUCCGGGUGACUGGUCGUGCAUGCGUCGGUCCUUGUGGAGAUGGACCUUGUGUCAUGGUCCUGAAUGACAAGAAGGAAAAGGUUGUUGUGAAUCAACCAUCCAAAAUUCCCAUCAGCUUGGCAUCUCCUGACCUAUUUGGCUCCAACCCCGGUGGCUGGUAUCAAGUGAGAACAGCCCAACAAGUGCAAGAAGUACUCGAGAUUGCCAGGAAAACGGCGGGAGUCGUAUCCGAAACGGAGCCACAAGACUCUACAGUAUUGCCACAAACAACCACUAUUACAUCGACACGACCAUGGUACGAUCGACCUCGCAACGAACGCAAAUUUCUUCAACGCUUGAUGCAAUUCACGGUCGUGGCGGGUUUGGCACAAUACGACAAGACGCAAGAGUUGGGCGAUUUGCAAUAUGGGGUUGCUGGAGUGCUUUUGCUACUCUCGACUGGAAUCACCAAAGAAAAUGUGUGGAAUGCUCUCGUUUUUAAACGUCGAUGAAGCUCCAAAUGAGGACAAUUUUUUUAAAUCGACAAUGAAAUAGCUACGAGGAUCCAAGGUCCAAGAGGAUGUUUUUGAUUGCUGCAGAAAAUUCAAUAUGGCCGCAAUUCGAGGCUCCACAAGACGGCGUGGGCCGAAAACAAAAUCAUGAGGAAAGCACCUUACCGGCACCGUACCCUGAAAGGAACCAUUUGCCUUCACGUUUUGGUUGCAGCCGGCUAGCAAGGGAAUGUCAUCGAAUCUUAUGUUUUUCCUACUACAGUAGUAUCGAUACAUCGCCAAGUAUCUACCCUGCUCGACAACAGUCUCCCUGUUCCGUCCUACCGUAUGCACAAUGAAAUGCCGUAUUUUUGGGUGUGUGCAAGGUAGUACUGAUUGUGCCACCAUGUGGGCUCACGCCCUCAUCAGCACGGAAACCUCAUUCUUCUUUUGGGCAAGAUGUGUGUACUUGUGUAGAUUCGACGAUUUUCCACUCCGUGCGUAAGCAAUGACAUGCAAAUAAUAAAUGCGUUCCAAUAGAAACUAGAAAACGAGUCUCUAUUCGUUCAGUUUUUGGCUUUUCAUCCAUU